AUGAUUAAAAACUAUGUAAAGCGAGCCCUCAUCUAGAGGUAUUUACCCACAACAGGGUGCCGUUACGAGUUUUCAGAGGAGUAAGAUACGGAAAAAAAGUAGACAAGGCUUAGAUAUACUUAUGAAGAAUAAUAAGAUAUCAAUAGAUAAAAAUAAAGCAACUUUUUAUUAAGAAGGAUUCUAAUAAAUUAUUAUAGGUAUAAACCAAACAAAGCAGAAAUGAUAAAGAAAAUUAAUUAAUAUUUCAAUCCGAAAAAGUAAAAGGCUGAAGAAGCAAUCCCAGAGACUUAGGAAGGGGAAGAAGGAUAAGAAGGUCAGAAACCGAUUGUUAAGUUUUCUCGUAUUAGUAGGACUAGUAAAUAAAAGAUCUUUAGGGACUUUGUACAUGAGAAGAAAAUCUUCAAGUUCAAAAGGGAUUACAUUUUUUCAAACAAAAUAAGACCAUACAAGCCAACUAAAGAUGAUAUCAUAGACUAAAUGUAAAAAGAACUCCAUGGUCAAAAAUUCAUCAACAAUCCAAAUUUAUUUGAUAAAUUUAAACAAAGAUAUAGAGAUUAUGAGAAUAACAAUUUGACAAACCUCAUUAUGAGAUACGAUAACUUUUAACCAUCGCUUGUAUAUGAGUAAUUGAGAUCUCAUUUUACUAGUGGACUUUAUGGAUUUCUAAAAGAAGAAUAAUUUUAGUAAUUUUUUAAUAUAUAUAAAAAUAGAACUCUGAUCUUUCACAGACCAUCCUUUUAGAUUUAUCUUAAUAAAUUACCUGAAUAAUUCUUCCUUCAAUAUUCGAAGUAUAUAAAUACAGAUAAUAUUACUUAAAUUAUCAAAGAGGUAGAGGGCAAGAACUAUAAAUUUUUACCUAUUCUCAGAUACUGUGAAUUAAAGAAUAAAGCAUAUUAUUUUGAACUUCAAGAAAAUUUUGAUUAAUUCCUUCAGAAAGUCCCUGAUUAAGAUCAAUUACUGAUACAAUACUUCUUUUUUCAUGAAAACAAUUCUAAAUUGCUUAAUUAUGAAUCUUUUCUAAAGGGUAUUUUGAAUAUCCAAUGGGGAGGUUAAGUAAAUUAGGAACCCUUGAAGCAGCAACUUGUAACUUUGCUUAAUGUCAAAUUCAAGAUUAAUCUGAAUAGAGAAUUGCAGUUGUAUUUAGCUGAUUUAUUUUUUGGAUGUGACUCAUUCGAUAAAGCCAUUGUUGCUAUAGCUUUAUAAUAUUUAUUGUUAUAAAGAUUGACACAUGCUUUCCCAAUAAAAGACAUUUUAGAGUGUUUUAAAUAGACUUUAGGUGAGGAGAGAUUUACAUUUUACUUAUAAUAAGAAUUACCUUAAAUCCUAUAAAACUUAAAUAUCAAAACCUAUUACUCGUCGUUCUAAAAAGGACUCAUCGAAUAUCAAUAACAUAAAUCAAAAAAAUCCUUGACAAUCUAAAAUUACACAAAUCUUGAUGGAAUAUUCUUAAAAGGCAAAUACAUUGAGGUUUCAUAAUUCUAAAUUCUCUAUAAUCCAAGUUCAACUAAUUUGAUGUACACUAAUCAAACCAUCGCCUACGAUGUUAAAGAAAAUGCAGUCAAGGAGGCCGUCUUAAAUAACUCUACUUUGAUAUUAGAAAAAGAAUUAUCUAAUCUCUUUAGCUAUAAAGAAUAUAAAUGGAAUAUAGUCGACAUGGCACAUAGAUUAGUUUACAGGAAAAAGAUCAUGAAUAGAAACUUUUUAAGAUAUAACCUAACAAAACACUACCUUCAGAGAAAGAGAAAAUUGAGAAAAUAUAGACUUAGAUAGGAUAUAUAAAAAGAAUUAUAUGAUCUUUAAACAAAUUUAAGAUAACAUUAAAAAAUACAACCACUUUUAUAAACUAUAUCUCCAAUUUAAACAGAAAAAGCACCUGCAGAAGAAGUUUAAGAAAAACCAUAAGAGACAUAAGAGACCAAGGAGGCAUAAGAGGCAACAAGUGAAGAAUAGCCUUAAGAAAAGACUUUGGAAGAAGAAAUCUUUUCUUUCGCAGAGGAGAGAUAAUAAUAUAAUUAAUUAAGACUAGCAAGGGUUAAGACCUUCACUAAGAUCUCAAAAAUGUUGCACACUUUGAUAAUUUAGAAUCGUCCUAUGAUUAAGGAAUAUAGAUAAAAGUAAUUUGUUUAAAAACCAAAAUAUCACUUUUGUACUUAAAAGUUUGAGGAAAUUCCAAAAGAUGAAGGAACAGGUUUCAUGAACUAUCUAAAAUCUGUCGAAUCUAUUGAUUUAGAAGUUAAAUAAUAAGAGGAACUAAAUUAAAUUUAAUAAUAAAGAAGGUAACCAUAGUCAAGAAAGCAUGGAAAGAUUCUUUUAGAGAGAGGAGAAGCAUAAUAACUUAAAUCCAUAUUUUCAGAGGAUAGUGAAAAUCUAAUCAGAAUUAGACAAGAGUAGAAGAAGUAAUCUGAUAUGUUCCAGAAGUUAGAAUAACCACAGAGAUUUAGAAGAACCAAAGCUAGCGAUACAAAUGAGGUGGUUCAUAAAAUGCCUUUUGAAAAUGCUGAAAAAGAGAAACAAAAUAUACCUUAAUUACAAGAGCAAUAUGUAAUUGAUAAUAUAUUGUACAACACAAAUUUAAGUGCUAAAGCUCAUUUUUAGAUUACUUAACUCUUUUAAGAAAAUCAGACAAGAUAAUAAUUAGUUGAAGAUGUUUAAAACUUUUUAAGUGGAAUCAAAUAGAGUUAAGAUGGAUAUCAUUUUUAUUUGAUUUCUGAACUUAUUUCAGCAUUGGAAACUAAAAGACCUUUAGAAUCCAAAAUAAUCUUUACAUAAAUCAUUUGCCAAGUCAAGAAUAAGAUUGAAGUUAAUGAAAAGAUAAAGGUGAAAUAUACUACAUAAUAUGGAGAUAUUGAGAAGAAUUAUGGUAAAUACAUUAAUUAGACAUGCACUUAAUUCUCACUUGGAUCAAAAGGAUACAACUAUAUAUUAGAUUUUAUUUUGUAAGAAGGAAAUUACAACAGAUUGUUAUAUAAGAGAACAUUAGCACAUUAUUGUCUUAAUGAGACUGUACUUUAUGAUUCAACAUUUGAAAAGAUUACUUAAAUUACAAAGAAUAAUAAGAUUCCUUAAACUUGUGCCGAGUUCUUUUAUGCAUUUUUAUCAACUAAAAUUACUAUCAAUUUUACUUAGAUGAGAAAGAUUGUUAAUUUAUUAUAUCAAUUUAAACACUUUGAAGCAGAAGCAGAAUAAUUGAUUAUUGGAUUCUAUUUUGCUUAUUAAUGGCAAUUAAAGUUUGAAGAAUUAUAGCCAAUAUUUUAGAGAUUGAUUAAUUAGAAUAAGAGAGAUAGGUAUAUGUCUUUGUAUGAAUCUUUGAAAGAUUAAUUAAUGGGAAGAAAGCUUAGAUAAAUUCCCACUUAAGACCCAGUUGAAGUCAAUAAAAUUAUGACUGAAUACAAAUAAUAAUAGAAAGACUAGCUUAAGGAAUUUGUAAGAAAGUUUUCCUAAUUAUUGUUGGAUUCCAAAUUGCCAGACGAUGCUAGAUUAGUAAUCAAUGAUGCCAAGAGAUUCAGAUAUUAAUAUGAAAUAUUUGAUUAUAGACUUUGGCUUUUAUCUCAUGUAAACCAUUUUGAAGAUGCCUUAAAAAUAUGGGCUGAUUAUGGUGUCAAGUUUCCUAAUGUUUAUGAUAUCACCAUGUUUAAAGCCUUUUUAUCAUUAUUACAGCAAUAAGAAACCGCACAUGAAUCAGAUGAUACUAAGGCACUAUUUUAGGAUGUUAUUAGAAUUUAUAUCUUUGAGAAGAAAAUCACUUUGGAUCAUGAUUUAAUAUUUGAUAUUACACAUACUUAUAAGAGAUUGAAAGAAUUUACAAGUUAUUAGAAUUUCAUGAAGUUCUUACUAGAAAUUAGAUAUAAAUGUAUACCUUCCCAUAAGUACUUGUUUUACAAAAUGAUGAAUUUCGCUGAAGUUGAUAGUGUCAAAGAAACAAUAAAAGGAAUCAUUGAUAUUCUAUUUAAGGAUGAACAAAGAAAGAAAGAUGGCAAAUAAAAAUAAAAUAAAAAAGAAGAGGAAGUUAAUUAUGAUCUUGGUAAUAAGGGUCCAAAUCCUUUACAUAUUUAAGAUUUGACAAAAGAGAAUAAAUUAAAUAACAAGAAAAAGAGAGGAAUUUUGGUUAGAGGUGGCAAGAGUAAGUUUACCCAAAUUGAAACAGAUGGUAUAGCCGAUAAAAAUAAAGAAGAAGACGGCAAGACUACUACAAAGGAUGGUAAAACAACUAAAGAUGCCAAAGCAACAAAAGAGUGAGCUAUAAUUUAGUGUAUAAAUAUGGUAAAAUAAUAUGAAUAAACAAAAA